GGUUUAUAGCUGCCCCCCGCCGCCCCGGUGCUUUCAGCACUGCGGCAGGAUGCGGCCGGCGCUGGCAGCGUGGCUGGCCCUGGGCCUGCUGGUGGGGACGGGGGCCGAGGAGAUGUGUGGGGACCCCCCCAGCGCCCCAUCCCGCUCCAUCCCCGCGCCCCAGCUCAGCCCCGAGGAGCGGCUCUCGCCCCACAUGCCUGAAGCUCUGCGCUGUGACGCCUGCCAUGCCAUCGCUUUCCAGAUCGAGGAGCAGCUGCGCAGGGCGGAGGGGAAGAGGGGCAGGAAGGCACUGAGUGAGUCUGACUACGUGGAGGUGCUGGAGAGGAGCUGCUCGCAGGGCUGGGAGAGUUACGGGGUGCAGGAGCUGGAUGGGGAGAAGCGGCUGGCAGGGCCGGGGCUGCCUGGGCAGGAGCCCAUGAGCGUGAUGGUGACGGGGGGACCCUGGCCGGGCAGGCUGUCCAAGAUGUGCCACGGCUACGUGGGCGAGCGUGGGGAGGCGCAGAUCUACGGGGCGCACCGGCGGGGCCCGGCCGCGCUGCGGGACCUGCUGUGCCAUGGGGACAAGGGAGCCUGUGCCCACGGCAAGGCCGGGGGCCCGGCCCCCCCCAAGGCGCUGCAGAACGAGCUGUAGCCCCAGCGCGGUUAAUGCUUAAUGCCCCGGCGACCUUCGGAGCUGACUUCGUCCCCAGGGAGAGCCGACGUGUAUGGGAGGUGGACACGGUGCUGGCAUCGCCUGUCACCGCCGGCACGAUGGUCCGUCGGUGCCUGGGAUGAUGCCAAUGGUCGCGGGUGCCGCCAGACUCCCGUGGGACAGGAAUUACUCUGUAACCCACCGGCUCUAAUGUUUGACUGCACAAUGCCCGUGGCGGGAGCGCCCCGGCCCCGUGGCGGUGCCAGCCCGAAUUAAAGCAGUUAAUAGCUGA